GUUCAGUUAUUAUAGUAAAAGUGCAUGGUCAGUAGUGGUCAGUUGAUCCGCUAAUUUAAUCUCUCCGGCCACCCAACAGUUGUACUACUCCGGCCAACAACAGUUAGUCUACAAGUCAGUUUUGUAUAAUACGAUAAUCCAGCAUAGAUAUGUCCGAGGUCUCUCUGUUUUAUACCCCAAGAAUGAACUCCAGUAUUGUGUUAUCCAGAUGCUUGGGGAACUGUUCAGACCGGACUUAUCUUAUUAACACGAACCAUCAUUUGGACGCGCCAAGAUCUUCGAUCAUACUACUGGUGUACAUUUUAGACGUCAUCAUCCUUCCCAUUGUCUGCCCAGUCAUCUUGCUUGCUGUCUCAACAUUACUUUGGAAUAUAAACGUCUGGUGCUCACGUGACCCAUCAUGUUCACUUCCGCUACCUCCCGGAAGUUCUGGUCUCCCAGUCAUCGGAGAAACGCUCCAUUUCAUCUUCAAGGGAAGAAAGUUUUUUGAUGAGAAGCGGAAAAAGCACGGCAACAUUUACCGGACUCACAUGCUCGGGAAGCCCACUAUUCGAAUCGUUGGAAUAAAGGGAGUCAAGCAAAUAAUGGCGGGCGAGAACUUCAGAGUGACAACAGAAUGGCCUAGAAGUACUCGGAUGUUACUUGGAGAUGGAAGUCUAUCAUCUUCGACGGGAUUCACUCAUUCCAUCCGAAAGAAGGCCAUACUGCGAGCGUUCACCCACGAGGCCAUUAGCUCAUACACACCUGUCGUUCUUGAUGUGGUGCGGGAUUACAUUAGGAGUUGGUGUGAAAAGACCAAUAUCUUAGGCUACAAAGAGUUCCGAAGUAUGAACUUUGAACUCACCUGUCGUGUACUAUUGGGGAUCGACAUGGACCGACCAGAGAAAGCCAGACUGAUGGGACAUUUCGAGACAUUUCUCGGAAGUCUGUUUAGUCUACCUGUUUGCGUUCCUGGACUUGGCCUAUAUAAGGGUAUGAAGGCGAGAGACGCACUCCUACAAAAAAUAGAACAGUGUAUCAAAGAGAAGCAAGGAUCAGGGUCACCACACGGCUUCAUGGACGCUCUCAGUCUGAUGAUGGACAUCGAAGGAGAGGAGAAACUAACAUUGGAGGAGGCGAAAGAUGUUGGCCUUGAACUUUUAUUUGCUGGUCACGAGACGACCUCAAGCGCCGCAUGUACGUUAGUGUUACAACUAACCAAACACCCAGAGGUGAUGCUGAAGAUUGUCGAUGAACUUGCUAGAUACGGAUUGACGGAUAGCCUCGAUGUAGACAUUCCAUACGAAACAAUAAACAAGCUCAGGUAUACCAGGGAUGUAGUGAAGGAAGUAUUGCGACUAACGCCACCUAUCGGUGGAGGUUACCGAAAGGCUCUCCGUACAUUUGAGAUUGAGGGGUUCCAAGUACCAAAGGACUGGACUGUGGUUUACUCCAUACGAGAUUCUCACGAAUCUUCAGAGUUCAUUGAAAAUCCGGAGAAGUUUGAUCCCGAAAGAUGGAGCCAUCUUGAUGUUGACGACAGACAACACUUCUUGGUAUUUGGAGGAGGAAAGCGUGGGUGUGCUGGGAAAGAAUUUGCGCUACUGGUUCUGAAGACGUUUGCAAUAGAGCUUGCACGAUCAUCCUCGUGGACAGUCCCAAACACCGAUCCCCCAAUGAGAUGUCUGCCUAUCCCCUACCCUACAGACAAUCUACCAAUGCAAUUUUCAGGGACUGUACCAGAUGAGACAGCGGUCUCUCACUGUGUAGUGUCCGUCUCAUAGAGAAAUACGUACAUUAUACCUACGUUAUAUGUACUUCAAUUAUAUUGGACUAAAAGCAAUGCCCCCUAAUGCAAGACAUGACGUCACUUGUAAAAUAUUCAUUAUAAUUAUGCAUGUGAUUUCUAAAUAUGUACAAUAUUUUGUUUGUAUAUUAAUUGUGUUCCGUAUAUCUCACAAGUACAUCCUGGAGUAUACAAUACAUAUUAUACAGACGAUACGAUGUAUGCAAGGUAAAUAAUGUCUGGACAAUUCAAUGUAUGCAAUCUGCACUGUAUGCAUGAUGUAUAAUAUAUUCAUGAUCAUAAUGUAUCUCGAUGUUCUGUACAAUGUGUUUUGACCCGAGUUUCCUCUGGUCCUAACACCACUCGUUAGACAUUUUAACGGACAAUUGUCUGGUCCACUCCAUGACCAAACUAAAGUCUGUCAAAAUGGCUAACUUCCGGUAAUGGAGACACGCGGUAAUUCAUAUGAGGUACCGCAAGUGUCGACGUCAUUCCCGAAACAAUCUGCCAUCAUCAAAAUGUUUGCUUCUGACGAAGGCGUGGCGUUACACAAAGCGGGAGUCUCACAUUUAGAUGACACUGAUUCAAUCGCAAUCAUAGCCCUGUGACUGCAUUUUCUUCUGUUAUUGUCCAUACAGGACUUUGAAGUGGAAAUGUAAAUACUAAUAUAUGUACAUUUAUGUGAUGGACGUAAUUAACAAAGGCAGCAAUCAUAACGUAUACGUGUACUUUUUGUUUGUGAGUACCGGUGAUAAUUGUUAAGAUUUUGUAUAGAAAUCCACUCUAACUUAAUACUUUCUCUAUCUAUCCCUACUUUACAUUGUUAAUACAUUAUCACUUUAUAGAAAAUGGUUGUUAUUUUGUAUUUUUGUAAUAAAAUGUUGUGAAUGCUA